CAUUAAUUCAUGGGUACUACUGUAAUACACAUAGAGGGAGAUAAAACUGAACCGGUUCAAAAUUCUCCCCAAAUCACCAUUUUCAUCGUUCUCCACCUUCUCCUUCUUCUUCAAUCCUCUCCCCGAAAUUUUCCCCCAAUCUCUACCAAUUUCUCUGUCUCUACAUCUCCAAGAUGAUACUCAGAGCAACCGGUUCAAUAUUCCGAACAACAGAGCUUUUCCCAACCCCAAUUUCAAUCAGCAACAACAACAGAAUCAAUUACUAUCACUUCCUUAACAACCAUAGAAGAACCAAAGCAACAACAGUAGUUUGCGGUCUCCGUUCAUACCAAAAAAGAAAGCCACCGUCAAUGGUAAUUUCAAAAGAAAGCGUUUCAGUAAUUCACGCUCUCAAACUCGCCAAAAACUCCGACGAAAAACUCAACCAAGUUCUCAAGUCUAAACUCCUCCGACUCUUGAAGGCUGAUGUCUUAGACGUUUUGGCUGAAUUGCAAAGACAAAACCAACUCCAUUUAUCUCUCAAGGUUUUUGAGUUUAUUAUUGGUGAUGAGGAAGAUAGGUGUGAUGAUACCUUGUUACUGUCUUUGUAUUCUGACAUGAUAUUGUUAUUGGGGAAGAACAAGAUGAUUGAGAUGGCGGAAGAGAUGUUUGAUCGGGUGGUGGAGAAGGGGUUGAAGCCGGAUACGAGGUUGUUUAAUGAGAUGAUUGGGGUUUAUUUGCAAGUUGGUAAUAAGGAGAAGGCGAUGGAGGUUUUUGGAACGAUGAAGGGUUCGGGUUCGGGGUGUUUGCCGGAUGAAUUGACUUUUACGAUAUUGAUUAGGAGUUUGAUGAAGAAUGGAGAAAAUGAGCUGGUUGAAAGUUUGAAGAAAGAGAGUUUUGACUAUGUUAAUGCACCUGGUAAAUUUGUUCAGAAAGUCCAGCAGAUACAUGCAAAAAGACGUGUCAAUCUGGUUGUGUAAUUUCCUGCGUUGAUGGGGGCUCUAGUGUACUGGUUUUAUCGGAGAUGCUGCGUUCAGUAUUCUACACAUUCGAGCUUUUCAAUUCAACAUUAUUUUUGUGCAAAUACUGUUAGUGGCAACUGUCAAUUUGGUUGUAAUGAUGGCAUAUGCGAAUGGGAUAGGCACUAAUGGUUUUAGAAUGGUUAGGGUAGCCAAAUUAUAUAUAGUUGUGGGUUGUUGCAAUGUUAGUGAGGGCUUUGGCUAAUAUGCAUAAGGAUUUAUGAUCUUGUUGAGAAAGUCAUGGUAGAUUUUUAGAUGGUAGCAUUAAGAGUAAAAGUUUUGCACUUAUCAACUAAGCAAAUCAUUAUUGACAUUAAAUCAGAUAAGACUCUCAAAUCAAGUAUAAUUUGACAGAACUGUCUAUUAACUCCAUUGGUUGUUAAAAUCAUACUAGAUAGUGAUGGAUAGUUGAGGCCGGCCAUGACCAAAAAGCCCUUGUGGCGCAAUUUAGUUCAGCUUUGAGGAUGUUAUUGGAUGGAUUGAAAUUACUCUUAAGAUUUAAUCGGUUUAAAGGGUCAUUUUCAGUUUUUAGCUUGAAUAUCAGCCCUAACUUUGCUUCACCUUCCUCCCUCUCUUUCUGCACAGUCAUCGUGUUC